AAAUCUGUUUAACGGUUGACCAUGAUAGGUAGCGAGUCGCAGUUGUGGCCUGCUGUUCUAGACGCAGACCUCCUCUUGGACCAUGACUGCUCUGCCGACCAAGCACGCCUCCAUGACUUUGCCUGUCCUUCCGCUGGGUUUUUACCGUUGUAUAGCCAUUACUCUCGACGGUUCAACUUUGUAGAAAAUUUAUACAAGAUACAACUGCAAGAUAACACGUGGGUUUUGAUUGCUCCCAGCACCAUCCGUCAGUCCUUACCUCCAUCGUCAUUGUUAGUCUCACGAAGAACAUGUUUGCUGCUGGUGCAUAUACUGAGCACAGAGACACUUGGGCAUACACAACUCACGCUCCUUCGGCAGUUCUCGAGACUGCAGUCGUUUCUUUCUAUCGAGAUGCUUUGCUCAGCCUGAGGGCUACUCGUCCCGGAGUCACCCCAUAUCCAGCUAACUGGGUACUUGCACAGACAUGGAAGUGGUAUCUCAAGACCCAGGUCCCCGUCGUAAGGGUUGCUUGCAUUGAACAUGAUCCUUUGAGACUUGUUGAUGAGAUAAUGCUGGAAAACAUAAGGUUCCCGAAACUGGACACAUACUCACUGUAUGGCGAGAAGAAGAAGCCGGCGGCCAGCGUGACUAUUGACGUCAGAGAAGCUGUGAUGACCUACUUCAUAACCAACGGAUUGACCACAGCGAACACGUCGAUCGCUCACUUGGAACCGCAAGUCCCGAAUUCCCUUGUGAUUCCCAUCGAAUCACGUGCCCGCUCUGCAAGCUCUUUGGCGCUUUUCGUUCUUAGGAACAGCACGAGCUUCGACGGCAGCUCCCGUGAACUGGCCGCAUCAACGUGUACCGUCGAUGCCCGUUGGGCCAAAGGCCAUUCCGUCAUCGAAUCGAAGGGCGGGGGCCUGGUAGACCAAGUACUCUCCUACGAUUUCUACGGAAGCCAGUCCCGUAGCAUCGUCGAUACGGAAUUAGCAUCAGACGAAAUACCCUUUAGCUGGGGAGAGUAUCAUCCCAAGAGGACGGAGCCGUACAAGGCAGUUCAGAUACGACGUAGCUGGUAUGAACUGCUAUCCCCGAGAGUGACCGACGCCUCCAUACCCGGUGGCGCAGCAGACAACAGCAACACCGAAGGCCCAGGAACUGACAGUUUUUUCACGCCUUCCCUUCUCGAAAGAAUGCUUGCCUAUCUCGAGGUUAUUUUUUCAACUUUCUUCGCCGACGGAAUUUCUCGUGCCGCCAUGCCACGACACAUCGAUACGUGGCUCUUCUUUCCGGCCUGGGAGUAUGGCUACUGGAACGACAGCUCUGAAAGCGUGUACCGCACUAUGAUACGCAGCGGGAACCCUGUCGAGACAUUUCCCCAACCGGCGGCUCUGCAGGGCGGAAACGGGACACGGAUGGUUGUCAAAGCAGUCUUUACGGCGUAUGCUAUGAAGAUACAGGGAUGGUUUGAUUGGACGUCGGCGGUGGUACUCUUGCUGCAUGCUCUUGUUGCCAUUGCUUAUACCUUGUGGUGUUUAUGGGAGGGGCAAGUGGGCGAGGGAUGGGACACGAUCCCAGAGCUGCUUGCUCUCUCUCAGCAGUCGGCGCCCGCCGACGGUGGAAUCUUGAGUAACACGUGUGCCGGAGUGCCGACAAUACGAACCAUGGAGGCCGUGGCAAUGGUGGAAAAUCACCCGAACUCGUUCAAUGGGUUAGUGAACUUCGGCAAGGAGGAGCUCUGUCUGGGAUUCCGGCAUCUGUGGGAUACAAAAGUACCGGGUACAGCCCUAAUGGAAGACAACGAAUACGGAGCUUUGAGGGUCGGGUAG